ACACAUCUCUAUCCCUCGCCAAUUUCUUCUCCAACAAUGGAUGCCUUAGACCAAAUUGUUUCUGACAAGUUUGGCUACAAACGACUGGAAAGAUCCUUUAAGCUUGUUGAUCCUUUGGCAGAUUCCGGCUCCAGCUCCAGCCCUCACUACUUCAACUUGCUAGCUUGGGGCAAUCUCACCAAGGUGUUUGCAGUUGCUGGUCUUUCCAAACUAGUCAUAGCUUCCAUUGAGGAUCUAUUCUCCAAUUCAGCAAAGUUGGCUGUCUCGCCAGAAAAUGUGUCAAAUUCAGGUUCUGACAGCGAUUUUAGUGAUUCUGGUGACGAAGAAAACGAUUUCUACUACUACAACGGCAGCAAUGUUUUCAAUGCUUCAAAUAUAAACCAUUUGCUUUUUUCUUUAGACGAAAAAUUCUUAUACUAUACAGUUCAUAGUAAAAUUUACUUGGUUAAUACAAUUCAAACUAUCCAAUCGUCUUCUUUCAAUCCAACUUUGUUAUUGGAGAUUCAAAAUGACCUGAGCACUGAAAACCCUUUAAGCAUAACUGAUUUCAAAAUCAAUCCCUUUAAUUCAAACUACCUAACGUUUUUAACAAGCAAUCAUUCUUUAUAUUUCUUUGAUUUGUCAACUAAAAAGCAAUCUUUAAUUCACUCUGAUGUCUCAUCCUUCACUUAUAAUUCUGUUUAUGACAACGACAAUUACAAAUUCCAGCAAUUAUAUAUUGGUCUAAAAAAUGGUAGUGUAGCACUUUCUGAUGUCUCAGAUCCUUCAAACUUUCUGAUAUUGAAAACUUUUUCAAAUUCUGCAGCCCCAAACCACUUCUUUCCAAUAUCUUUAAUCCCAAUCAACAAUGCAACCCUACUAGCUGUUUACGAUAUCAGCUCAAAUCCAAACGAUGACAACGACUCUGAUUUACGGUACGAACACUAUCUAAUAAAUACUCAAAACAAUCAAUUUUCUUCUUCUUAUGAUCUCUGCUAUUAUUCCGAAAUUCCUAGAUACGGUUAUUACUACAAUUGCAAUUUAUUCAAUUACUCAAAAUCUUCAAAUCUUGAUAAUCUAAUAUUCUUCUCUUCUUCUGUAUCAUCCGACAUUGCCUUACUCUCCUCAAAGAAAAACACCUAUCAUGUUGACUUUAUACGUCCUGAAAAUGAUUACGAAUUGGCAACUGUCCCAUUUGAUGAUGAAAAUGACACUGAUUUAUCCACAACUGGCUUUGCAAUUAAUUUAACCUCAACCGAACCUUCCUACAAUAUUUCUAAAUCAAUAGAAGGCGAAUCAGGCCCUUUACCCUCGUUAGUAUUACUAUUAAACAAUGGUGCUUUGAUUUUUUAUGAUUUUUUUAAUAUAGAUGCUAUAAAAUCUAAUGAUUAUGAUUUGAAAAAUCCUUUAUCUGUUUUACAGAAUCAUCUACAAUUCAUUUCUUCUAAAUCAUCUAAAAAAGUUGAUCAAAAUAUUUCACUUGAGGAUUCAUUUUCUACUUUUAAAUUGAAUCAAGAAUUAAAUAAUGCUAAUAAUAAUAACACUAGUAAUAAUAACACUAAUAAUAAUAAUAAUAAUAAUAUUAAUAUUAAUAAUAAAGAUAAUCUUGUAAACGGUAAUAUACAAAAUAACACAAUCCCAAACAACAAUUCAACUAACAAUUCAAAUAGCAACCCAUUUGCUAAAUAUACUCUCCCUAAUAACAAUCAUAAUAACCAAAAUUCUACCCUGUUAUUUCAAUCAGAUUCAAAUCCUUUUAGUACCGGAACUAAAUCGUUGGUUUUCUCUCACAAUAAUGGCUUUGGAAAUUUAAAUAACAAUACAAAAAAUGCAUUUGGUUCAUCAUCCGCAUUUGGUUCUCCUUUUAGCACUCUUUCAAAUGAAAACAAAACUUGGUCUUCAAUUCCUAAUAAAGACUUGUCCACUGCUGGUCCAACCUCAUUUAAUUUAAAAUCACAAGGCCCCACAUCUUUUGGAUCAAAUAAUAAUACUCCCUCUUUUGGUAAUUCAGCUUUUGGCAAUUCAACUUUCGGUAAUUCGACUUUUGGAAAGUCAGCUUUUGGAUCUUUUGGAAAUAAACCUGUCAUAUCAUCUAAAAUUCCACUUCCAAUUCAUCCUGCCUCACCUGAAAAAAUUAAAAUAAACGGUUUUGCUUCAUAUGCUCAAUCUUCCAAAGGGUUUUUAUCUAAAGAUAAGAAUUCCACUCUCAAUGGCAAUACAAAUGGUUCCUCUAACAACACCAUCUUUCCUUCAUCCCGUGUAAAUUCUACAAUGGAUGAUAUAGUAACAAAUGUUUUUAACAAUAAAAAAUUACCCAUAUCUUCUAAUAAUGGGUUUAAUUACUCUUCUAACAAUCAAAAUACAAGAAAAGUCGAAAAUAAAAAUGAAGAAACCGAUUCAAGUGAUUUCUCAGUUUCAAAUUCUGAAGAAGAACUUGAAGAAUUAAAUAAAACUUAUAUUGAAAUUACAAAGAAUCAUUCACCAAGUUAUCCACUUUUGAAUGGCACUAUUUUGAAUCAGAACCCAGAAAAUGAUGAUGAAAACAAAUUAAAUAAUAAUAAAAUUGGGAUUAGCAAUGAGGUUUUUGUGAAUAAAUUAAAAAUUGAUUCAGAUGAUACUCAGCAAAAGAAUGGAAUAUCUGAAAAUGAAUUGGAGCCCAAUUCAGAACCUUUAAAUGGCAAAACAGAAAUAAAUUCUUUAAAUAAAAAAGAAAAAGAAAACGAUAGCUUGAAAGAUGAAAAUAAAUUAAGCGUGAAUCUUAAACCUGAUGAUGAUCAAAAGGUAAUUAUUCCAACGCAAAAUAAUAUUUCACCAGAACCAAAAAAUAUUCUUUUCAAUGGUGAUAUAAAAAGCACUGAUACAAAACCUUUGGGGUUUUUGCAAACCAACAGUUUUAAUGCUCCAAAUCGUAUUCAAAGUUUUGAGUCUAGUGAUGAUGAAUAUGAGGCAAGUAAUAGUGAUAGUGAUCAAAAUGAAACUAGUGAAAAUGAACAAUCUGAAUUAGAUUAUGAUACUGUAACCAAAAGUAGUGAUCAAGAAUUUAGAAUAAAAAAGGAGGAAGAUCAAGUUAUUCCAAAAUUUGAAAAUUCGGUAAAACCAUUAGAUAAACAAGUUAUUAAAAAAGAAAGUGAUUUACAAGACUUAGUUGCAAGUGAGAACAAUUCGUUAAAACUUAAUACAGGUCGUCAACUUAAAAGUGUUUCAACAAAAGAUAAUUUUACGCAAACUGUAGAACCCAAUUUGAUUGAUUCCAGUGUUCAAACUUUUAAAAAUGAAAAAGAUUUUUCAGUUCAAGCCUUUGAAAAUCAGGAAAAUUAUUAUGGUCCCUUUUUUGUUGCAAAAGAUAUUUUACCACAUAUUGAAAUAUCAAAUGUCAAAUAUCCAAGAUCCUUUACGGAUAAUAUUUAUAUGAGGAAAUUGGAAGAAAUAUUUUAUGAUUUGUCUGCUGAAUUUAAAGUUUUAGAACAGAAUUGCAAAAACAUAGGAAUAUUUAUUGAAAAUAAUAAAUUUGCUGAAGCUGCUCAUGGUGUUGAUUUGUUUAAAUAUGAAGAUCAAUGGAGAUUGAAAGAAGUUACUACUGUUAACAGAAUGAUUGAUGAAAAAAUUCAAACCACUCAGCCUAUUUUAGGAAAGUACAAAAAACAGUUAAAUCGGAUUGAAGAUUUUAAGAAAGAUAUAGUAAAAAUUGAUAAAAGAAUGAAAGUUUUGGAAGGUUUCAAGUGUGAAGGCGAAAAUUUUAAGGAUUAUGGAUUAAGUUUAAAUGAAAGAAUUAUUCAAAAAAAAAUUAGGGAUAAAUUUUUUACAAAUGAAAGAUUAAUCAAGGAUAUUGAAACUCAAUUAAUUGACUUGAAAUUACAAAAUGGAACUGGAAUCAUCAAAAAUGAUACUGGUAGAACGUUUGAUCUAAAGAAAAUUGUAAAACUAAUUCUCCAAAUUUCAAGGGACAUCAAAAUCAAAAUUGGAGAAGUUGAAGAAUUAAAAGCCCAGGUGGAUUCUAUAAAGUCGGAAAAUAAAAAAAAAAGAAUCAACCAAAUAAAUAAUAGAAAUAAUGAUAGUGAAAUCAAUGAAAUAAAAUUGCGAAAUGAUUUUAAAGACAAUCUUUUUAAAAUGUUCCAAAAUAGAGAUCCAGUAAAAGUUACAUCUCAUGCGAUUAUAAGAAGGAGAAAAUGAAUAGAUGUAAUUUAUAGCUGAUUUUUAUUUUGUUUGCUUUGUUUAAUUAGUUGACUCCUAAGUUGGUAUGCUUUUAAAAAAUAAAACAUUUUUUU